AAUAGGGUGGGACAUGCCAUCGUACGAAAACGCCAAUUCGCGUCUAGUUUGCUAUUUCGUGUUCGUCUAUCUGUGUUUUUUCAUGUCUCCCUGGUUUUAACGUAGCUGACACUGUUCGUCCAAUGAUAUUAGUCCACAUGCCGCGCAGGGAAGAGGGGCAGCAGUGAGGCACUUUGAUAAAACCAGACUGUCAGCACUGUGUGGAGCCACAGACAGCUGCGCAACGGUGAGGUACGGCACGGCAGCACAGAGAAUUGGACCGGGUGAAUGCAGUCCUUAACACAGGACACUGCUGCAGACCUUUCUUUUCCUUCCUUUUUCGGAGAUAAGAGGACGCUCAAAAUAAUCUUCACCCAGACAGGGAAGAGGAAUUUGGCUCACUACAACAUUUUUUACGUAAUUCGCGUGAAGAAAAUCUUAAGAGGGCAGGGGGACACGUUAAACCGCGGUGAAUAGCUAACAGCUACCCGAGUGUGAAUGCACAGCUCUCAGUUGGCAAACUCCUUAUACAUUUGAAAGUAUUUACAGUUUUAAAUAGCCAAAAGUUACCAUACGGCAGUAUUUUUGUAAAGCUGUGUGGGAAGGAGCCGUCUGUCCGCCAUGGAGAACGCUCACACGAAGAGUGUGGAAGAAGUUUACAGUCAUUUCUGCGUCAAUGAAAGCACAGGACUUUCCCUGGAAGAGGUGAAACGACAGAAGGAGAAAUGGGGCCUAAACGAGUUACCAGCAGAGAUAGGGAAAUCUUUGUGGGAGCUUGUCCUUGAACAAUUUGAAGAUUUACUUGUUCGAAUUCUUCUGCUGGCCGCAUGCAUAUCUUUUGUCCUGGCCUGGUUUGAGGAGGGAGAGGAAACUAUCACAGCCUUUGUGGAGCCUUUUGUCAUUUUACUCAUUCUUAUAGCCAAUGCCAUCGUCGGUGUGUGGCAGGAACGCAAUGCUGAGGAUGCCAUUGAGGCACUCAAGGAGUAUGAGCCUGAGAUGGGGAAAGUGUACCGGCAAGACAGGAAAACUGUGCAGAGGAUCAAGGCCAGAGACCUUGUGCCGGGCGACAUCGUGGAGGUUGCUGUUGGAGACAAGGUGCCUGCUGACAUCCGUAUCUGUUCAAUCAAAUCAACAACUCUGAGGGUAGACCAGUCCAUUCUGACCGGUGAAUCUAUCUCGGUCAUCAAACAUACCGACCCUGUGCCCGACCCUCGUGCUGUCAAUCAGGACAAGAAGAACAUGCUCUUCUCUGGUACUAACAUUGCAUCUGGAAAGGCCGUGGGUGUGGUCGUGGCCUCGGGUGUUAACACAGAGAUCGGUAAGAUCCGUGACGAGAUGGCGGCCACGGAGCAGGAGAAGACGCCCCUGCAGCAGAAGCUGGAUGAGUUUGGCGAGCAGCUGUCAAAGGUCAUCUCCCUCAUCUGCAUCGCCGUGUGGAUCAUCAACAUCGGCCACUUUAACGACCCCGUCCAUGGAGGCUCCUGGAUCCGCGGCGCCGUCUACUACUUCAAGAUCGCCGUGGCACUGGCAGUGGCCGCCAUACCUGAGGGUCUUCCUGCCGUCAUCACCACCUGCCUGGCCCUGGGCACCCGCCGCAUGGCCAAAAAGAACGCCAUCGUGCGCAGCCUGCCAUCCGUGGAGACCUUGGGCUGCACCUCUGUCAUCUGCUCUGACAAGACGGGAACCCUGACCACCAACCAGAUGUCUGUGUGCAGAAUGUUCGUUGUCAACAAAGCUGAAGGUGACAGCUGCGCUCUGUCAGAGUUCACCAUCACAGGUUCUACCUACGCACCUGAGGGAGAAGUGUACCAGGAUGGUAAACCAGUGAAAACCUCCCAGCAUGAUGCCCUGGUUGAACUGGCUACAAUCUGUGCCCUGUGUAAUGACUCCUCUCUGGACUUCAACGAGGUGAAGGGUGUGUACGAGAAGGUGGGUGAGGCCACAGAGACCGCGCUGACCUGUUUGGUGGAGAAGAUGAACGUUUUCGACACUGAAGUCCUCAACCUGUCAAAGAUUGACAGAGCUAAUGCCUGCAACUCAGUGAUCAAGCAGCUGAUGAAGAAGGAGGUCACCCUGGAGUUCUCCAGAGACAGGAAGUCCAUGUCUGUCUACUGCACCCCCAACAAGUCUCGUUCUUCCAUGGGCAAGAUGUUUGUCAAGGGGGCCCCAGAGGGAGUUAUUGAGAGGUGCACCCACGUCAGAGUUGGCAACAGCAAAGUUCCCUUAAGCAAAGGAAUCAAGGAAAAGAUCAUGUCUGUGAUCCGUGAGUACGGGACAGGUCGUGACACCCUUAGGUGCCUGGCUCUUGCCACACGAGACAGCCCACCCAAAUUGGAGGACAUGAUUCUGUCAGACCCUCUCAAAUUCGCGGCGUACGAGUCCGACCUGACCUUCGUCGGCUGUGUCGGCAUGCUGGACCCUCCCAGACAGGAGGUGGCCGCCUCCAUCAAGCUGUGCCGCCAAGCCGGCAUCCGCGUCAUCAUGAUCACAGGAGAUAACAAGGGCACAGCUGUGGCAAUCUGCCGUCGCAUUGGCAUCCUGAGCGAGGAGGAUGAUGUCGAGCAAAUGGCCUUCACCGGGCGGGAGUUUGACGAACUUUCGCCUGCCGCUCAGCGUGAUGCUGUGACUAACGCUCGCUGUUUUGCCCGUGUCGAGCCUUCCCAUAAGUCCAAGAUUGUUGAGAUCCUGCAAGGAUUUGAUGAGAUCACUGCUAUGACAGGUGAUGGAGUGAAUGAUGCCCCCGCCUUGAAGAAGGCAGAGAUUGGCAUCUCCAUGGGCUCUGGCACUGCCGUGGCCAAGUCAGCCUCUGAGAUGGUCCUCGCCGAUGACAACUUUUCUUCCAUCGUGGCCGCCGUUGAAGAAGGCAGAGCUAUCUACAAUAACAUGAAGCAGUUCAUCAGAUACCUCAUCUCCUCCAACGUGGGGGAGGUCGUCUGCAUCUUCCUUACUGCGGCGCUGGGCUUCCCCGAGGCUCUGAUACCUGUUCAGCUGCUCUGGGUCAACCUGGUGACUGAUGGCCUCCCUGCCACCGCCCUGGGCUUCAACCCCCCAGACCUGGACAUAAUGGAGAAGCCUCCUCGUAAUGCUAAGGAGCCCCUCAUCUCUGGCUGGCUCUUCUUCAGAUACCUGGCCAUUGGAUGCUAUGUGGGUGCGGCCACAGUGGGAGCUGCUGCCUGGUGGUUUACUGUCUCUGAAGAUGGACCUCAACUCACUCUGUACCAGCUGAGCCACUUCCUCCAGUGCGCCCCUGACAACCCGGACUUUGAUGGCCUGGACUGCCACGUGUUUGAGUCGCCCUACCCAAUGACCAUGGCCCUAUCUGUGCUCGUCACCAUUGAGAUGUGCAAUGCUCUCAACAGUCUGUCGGAGAACCAGUCUCUUCUGCGGAUGCCACCCUGGGAGAACAUUUGGCUCCUGGGGGCCAUCUGCCUCUCCAUGUCCCUCCACUUCCUCAUCCUCUACGUGGAACCUCUGCCUGUCAUCUUCCAGAUCACCCCUCUGGAUACGACCCAGUGGAUGAUGGUGCUGAAGAUCUCCCUGCCCGUCAUCCUGCUGGACGAGCUGCUUAAGUUUGUGGCCAGGAGGAACUACUUGGACUUUGGUAAACAGCUGGAGAAGCCGGCCGGCAAAGGCUGCUCUCUGUCCGCAUGUGCCGAGGGCAUCUCCUGGCCCUUCGUGGCCAUCUCCCUGCCCCUUUUGCUGUGGAUCUACAGCACCGACACUAACGUGUCUGCCAUGUUGUGGCCCUGACUGACUCCAGCACACUACCCUCCCUGUGCACCAGUGUGAAGUGGACAUUAACACACACAUCUAACACAGUUACAUUAACUCGGAACAACUUACAGUCAACACUUGCACCUGCUCUGACAGUCUGUCUGCUGUCAGAUCUUUUGUAGUUUUUUUGACGUUUUCACCGAUACAUAUUUUUGGGCGGGAGGAGGGGGGCUGGGGAUUAGUCAUAUUUUAAUGACUGACAUUAUGUCCAUGUGUUUUAUUUUACCAUCACGCUUUUCUCUCUUUUGAUCCCCUGUUUGGAACAGAUAGAGAUUCCCGCCGUGUCUGAGCUAUUUGUUGAGCUGUACAGAGAAUUUACACUAUUUUAUGAUAAUUAAUAUUUUGUAAUUUUUUUGGGGAAAGGCUGUGGGAGACAAGAAUGCUGGGUGUGAAGAGGUUGUAAUUCUAAAGACCGUAUAGUACAAUACUAGUUUUGGGGCAAAGACUUGAAUAUAUAUAUUUGCCCUGGCAUGAAUCUCUAGUCAUUUUUGAGCUCCAUGCAUCGUCAUUCAUUAUUUUCUGCAUUAGUCAGAGCACAGCUACCUCAAUGCUGUUAAUAUGACCAUUACUACCCAUUUGUCUUAACAAUCAUUUGAUAGAACAUCAAGUGUUGAGGUAAGCACCCAUUUUUGUUUUGCAGUAGAGACAAAGCCCUCGCACACAUUGUAAUGUUUUUCUAAUAUAUUUUUAAUUUUUCCUUUUGUCAUUGGAGGGAAACAAGGACAACGAUAUGUUACCAGUAGGAUACAGGGCAAUUUUUGAUAAACGUCUGUUGUUAAAUUUGUCUACUUCAAGAAAACACAUUUGUCUUGAUUGUGUUUUGUCGGAUUUUUGAGAUUCAGUCUCAACUCUGUCUUAAUGUUGCAUCUAAAUUACAGUUCUCUUUAUAAUGUAUGUAUAAUGUGCACAUACUGUACUUGAAUAUGUAAAAAGGCACCAAGAAGCUGUUAGUCUUAUCAACUGAGCACAACACGGACGGCCGGUCGUUGGAAGAGUCUGUAUAUCUGUACAUAGCACACCAAGUACAAUCUCUGUAUGGAUUUAUUUUGUUGUUGCUGUCAACAUGCUCCAUUCAUUGACACUAGUUUACUUAAGCGUGGUCUCAGCCUUUCUGCCUGCCUGCUCCAAUAAUACCAGGCCAGCGAGUGCUUUGUGUUUUUUUUAGUUCUAAUUGUUGUUUCUUCCAAUGCCUUCCCCCCGUUUACCUGCAGAGUGAGUACACUUUGACCUGCAUGUUAACUAGCACUCUUUAUGUGGUUGCACACGCAGCUUUGCUGUCUGUCAUUGCUCAUGUGAAAGUGACAGUGACAGCAAUAACAGCUCUUCAUAUGUUUGAUAGGACCAGCUUCUCUUUUCUUCUUCUUCUUUUUAAAUAUACUUUUAAUGGUACAAGAGGAGAAAAAUGAAGGUGUUUGUUUGAAAAUGCCUUCAAUGUCACCAAGUGCCAGGUACACACUGAGUAAAAAUAGGAGCCUUUUUGCAUUUUAAACUGGACCAGUCACUGGUGCCGGUUAUUUUUGACUGUAGUCUGGCUGCAUGUUUUGGCAACUGGCAUAGACAAGUGCCCCAACACCAUUACAGGACAUGGUGCUGUUUUUUUUAAAUUCCAUUUGUCUUUUGAUCUAAUCUUCUGCCUGCCUAUAUCAUGGCCUUUAUAUAUUUGCUCUUCUAAUUAAAAUAAGUAUUGAUGAAUUUGAAUGAUUUGCUGCUCUAAUGUGUUUACUUUGGCCUGUGAUUCUUGUGUCCACUGAUUGUGAUUCUUCCUCUCUUUUUUUUUUUUCUUUGCAGAAAAGGCCAAGUAAGCCCACCUCUUCUCUAAAUUCCUAGCAGAAACUUUGGUUUUGUUUUGUGUUGUGCAUGUGUGUUUUGGGUAGCACAUCUUACAAGAGCUGCAUGUCGGUUAAAUAAUAUGAAGACAGGCUCAGAAAGUUCAUACAUCCUUUUUUUUUUUAUAGAAUGGCCAUUAAUAAAUGUCUGAAAAAAAAGCCAAUGCCACCCCAUCAGUCCCUUCCAUCCUCUUGCAUGAAGAGCCUUAGAUUAGGAUACAAUUGUCAUGCCAUCUUUUCAGACAGUCAAUCGUACAAUAUUCCAUGGUGCAUGUCUGCUGAAUCAGCCAUCUGUUUUACCAGACUUGUGUAAUAGACAAUGUAUAGUAUUGGUAAAUAGAAUAGACAUUCGUCAAAUAGUUCAUCUUUCCUAAGGAAAUACUUUUAUGGAAUAUUUAAAAACUAAACAGCCUUUAUUUUUUUUUUUUUUUGCUUUGCACUGAGAUGUGCAGUUUUUGCCACAGCUGGGAAGGCGGACGUGGAGCGGUGCAGCGAUGCAUACGUUUAACCAUGAGAACGGCAGGCACUCCCUCCACUGGCAUUUUUUUUUUUUGCCAAACUGCUGUACUGUAUUUUCAGAGAUUGUACAAUGUGUCACAUGAACUUUAGUUUCAGGUAAAUAAAAAAAAAGUGUCAUACAUGAAGAGUUUA